AUGGUUACUUCUUAUUAUAUUAUGAAACUUAGUAAAACACAUAAAAACCUAGACUUGUCUGAACACAUAGUGCUUAAAAACAAAAGUGCAUCUAAAAUUAAACACUCUUCCUGUAGAGUGUGCCUUGACGAAGGUUGUGUUUCACUUCUAGAUAUAAAUUGUAAUACUUUAGACACAUUUCAACAACUUUGCAAUAUUCAAAUCAACAAAAGCGAUGAUUUACCUAAGAAAUUAUGUAAUAUUUGUUACAAAUUCUUAAAAAAUACUAUGUUAUUUAUAAAUAAAGCAAAAGAGACAGAAGAAUUUCUAAAAAAAUCCCUUGAUAAAAAGACUAAAAGUGAAGAAGAAAUUCAUAAGAACAAUAGUGAUUUAUCUGAACCUGAAGACUAUAGUUUAUCAAACGAUACUGAAUCUACUGUAAAAAUGGAGUUGGAAUUUGGAAAAGAUAGUAUUAUUAAAAAGGAAAAGAUUUCUUCAAGUAUGUGUGAUAAAAAAUUAAAAACAAAGCCAACUGUAGCUAAACGAGUUCAAUGUAAAAUAUGUAAGUCAGUUGUCAUGAGGUCAUACUUUAAACAGCACAUGACCAUGCAUGAUCCAAAUCAUUCAAAAUAUGUUUGUGAAAUUUGUGGUAAGUCCUACAGGUUGAUUUGUGCGUUUUAUAAUCAUCGUUUUCAACAUAGCACUGAUUUCUUACAUAAGUGUCAAUUGUGCCCCUAUAAAGCACGAGACAAAGCACUAUUAAGAAACCAUAUGAAAGUUCACAUUGCUGACUAUAAAUAUAUGUGUACUAAAUGCCCAUCAAGAUUUCUCUUUAGAAGUAAUCUUAACCGACACAAUAUGUGGAAACAUAAACAGAAACAGUUUAGCUGUGACACAUGUAAAAGAAUGUUUCAUACUAAAUUAGCAGUUCAGCAACAUCAUGAAGUUGAUCAUUUGGGUAUGAAGAAUCAUUCGUGUAAUUUAUGCGGAAAAGCAUUUGGAUAUAGGAAAGCAAUGAUGAAACAUCAAAGAACAGUGCACAAGAGGGAGAAAAGAGUAUAUUCAAGAAUGCCUACAUAUUUACAAUAUGAAAAUAAAAAUUAA